CGGACAAACACUUAUUUUGAUUGGAUUACAUUUUCUUGUGUCAUUAUUUUAUUUUAAUCUGUUCUAUUAUUCUGCCAUGAUUCGACCGUCAUGUAAAUGUCCUCAGUAGACAGGCUUAAUUCCUGGUAAGAGUUAUCAUUGACAGCAUAGCAAGAAAUCAGCUGUCAAGUUUACUGAUUAAAUUGAUUUCCUUAACCUGUAUUGCAACAAAGCCUAUUACGUUUUUGUCUAUAUUAUUUUACUUUAAUCGGUAACACUUUCGAUAAAUAAUUAUGUCUCAAAAUACUAUUCGUUACUUUUGUUAUGGAUCUAACCUAUUAUCUGAUAGAAUUCAUGUUCGAUUGAAAAGUGCUACAGUAAUUUCAAAUGGAACCCUUGAUGAUUAUAAGUUAACUUUUUCUGGUUAUUCAAAGUUAUGGAAAGGAGCAACAGCCAAUAUCAUUCCUCAUCAAGGGAGUAAAGUGAUUGGAGUCAUUUGGUCAAUAACUUAUAAAGAUUUAGAGCAGUUAAAUCUCCAAGAAGAUGGAUAUAGACUGAUUGCUGUCAAUAUUAACGUUGACCAGGGCGAGGUGAUUGAAUGUAUUACCUAUGUCCAGACCAACGAGGAGAUUCAACGAGGCAAGGAUAUUUUGGGCUCACAAGAUGGUAUCCCUAGUACAGUGUAUAAAGGGGUGAUAAUCAAAGGAGCCGUUGAACACAAACUACCUGAGUCGUACAUAGAAAUGAUCAAAACAUUUAAAGCCAUCGAAAAUGUUGACUGUGAGCUUGCACAUCUUGUAUAAUGUUAUCUUUUUCAAGUUGCUUGCCAACAGUUAUUUACUAAAGUCAAUUCAUCUGAAAAUGAGCUAUCUUUUACUAAUCCAGAUAUUCUAGAAUCCAAAGGAUUUAUCUAGAAGUUUUUUCAAAUUGAGAAUAAAAUUAAAUAACAUUGUAAUUCCUUAUUAAUGUCAAUGAUAGAUGAGCAAACCUUUCAAACCAUAUUAAACCUUUCCAUAUUUGUUGUCAACAAAAGUAAA